CUCCUUCCCUACUCCUGUUUUCCUCUCAUCCUGCCUCUUUCAGCUCCUCCCCAUCUCCUAGUACGUCUUCCUCUCCCCGCAACACACACUUUCUCAGGAUCCUCUUCUCUCUCCAGGCCUCUUAUUCUGGAUUUUGCUCUUCUUGACGUCUUCUUCCACCGGCUCUUCCCAUCUCCCAGCUCCUCCCCUCUUCCCUCCCUUUAGAUUCCCAACACGUUUUCUGUUCCUCCUUCUCCAGUUCCUCCUCCCCCUUCUCUUCCCUUCUCAACUCCGCCUCUCCCUCUGGGUCUUCCCCCGUCUCGCGGAGUGAUCCAUGGGUCCGUAGGCAGCCGGUCCUCGGCGCUCGACUCACCACGCCUGCGACGCUGCCAUGGAGACGUAGCCGCGGCCUCCUGGACCCACCCCGGACCUGGAGCACCUGCGUCACCCGGCCCACGCGUGUCCACGCACGCUGGUCGGGAAGGCUACUCUGCUGGAACGUCUGGACAGGGCUGGGCAAGCUAUACUUUUGCCAGAAGCAGGGGCGAGGGGCGUGGGACUUGCAUCCUCCCUCCUACCAGGAGUUCUGCUCCGUAUUUGAGGGACGCUUCUCUCACCAGCGGAGACCCUGGUAUCACUAAGCAUCCGUGGAUUAUUAAGGGACCUGCGAUUGCCCACACGUCUCACCCUUCCACCCAGCUCAGCCGGCCGCAUCCGUGAGUAGCUUCACUGAACUCUACCCCAUCCAGGCUGCUGCUGAUGGCGAGGCCCGUGUUGGGCCUGCUCCCGAUGCCCAACACCUUCUUCCCUUUGCAGUGUCACCUAUGUUAAGAGUGGAAGAGUAGCUAGAAGAAAAGGACUUGAACCAGCACUAAGUCCAGAUCCCAACUGCGUUGUGAGUAGUGCGGACUGGUGAGCACCUUCUGUAGACUGUACAAUGCCCGUUCUCUCGGGAUCCUGGAUAUGUCUGAGUUCAGAAGUGUUGCAGAGGCAGUGGACACCUGAGUGUGUGGAGUGGAGUGGUGUAGAGGCUCUGCCAAGUCUAUAGAACUCUAUUGUGCAGAGUUUGGACCACAACGCCAAUCUGACCCACUUUCUGUCUGGAAUGACUCUCACAUGGCGUUUGAACCGGGUCAGUGGUGUCUUGGCUUCCCCUGCCCUCCUGAGAUCUUGCCCAUGGAAGGUCUGAGUAGCCUACAUCCAUGACUAAGGUGAACAAGGACUCCUUAACCCAACAGCCAUCAAGGCUCUUGGCCAACUAGUUAACAGAGCAAAGCAGCCAGCUGUUCCUGACCUAGGAGGAAAACCAGGUGUGCAAGAGCCUGGGACUGGGGGAUGAGUGGCCGGGUCCCGCUGGCAGAGAAGGCCCUGUCAGAACGCUUUGCCCGCCUCCGGUACAGGGACACUUCCUUGCUCAUUUGGCAACAGCAGCAGCAGAAGUUGGAGUCUGUACCACCCAGUACAUACCUGAGCAGGAGUCGUAGCAUGUGGUACUCCCAGUAUGGAAAUGAAGCCAUCUUAGUUCGAGACAAAAACCAGCUUGGGGUCUCUAGGGACACCGGUCAGUCUAAGUUUUGCUCAGUCAUGUAAUCUCAGGGAGAUGACCCUUGAUGGAUGUGAAGAGCAAGCUGUGGUAUAAAAACUCAACACCCAAGAAUAUCACCCAGCCCUUUAUCAAUCAACAGCUGGUACCUAGAUGUGCCCCUCACUGCCCAGGCCUUGGCGCUCACAAUGCUUGUUCCAAACAAAAGGGAAACCAGGGAGACGUCCCCAGCUCCUAUGAGCUGCUUGCCUGAUACAAAAUGGGUCAGGUCCCGGGUAAAGAGAGGACUCUCUUCUUGGAGGGUCCCAGAUCUCUGUUCACCACAGUGACAUGUGGAAAGGGGCCUGGGCUGUAGUGGCACUCCAAAGCCAAGAGUUUAGUGAUGUAUAGGUUACUGCAUUGCAGCACCAUCCACACUGGUCUUGUAUGCAGGUGUGUUAUGUCCUAAACACCUUAAGCAAACCCCUGCAAUUUAAAGCCCCAUCGAAGUCGCCUGAUUUGAUUCCAAACCUAAUCAUGUGUGGGAAAGAACAUUUACUUGAUGGUGGAGAAUAGGGGCUCCUUCCUGUCAGGUCGCAGUGGGCUUCAUUAGAUCUCAUGUUCCACCUCAGUACACAUGGUAUAGACAGCUGGAACGUACUUGCCUCUGGUGCACUUAAGGUCUGUGUAGCUAUACAAAUUCAGAUGUGUUUUGUCAAAGCCGAGUCUUCUAAAUAAAUGUCU